GCGGCGCGGUGGCUCCAUUGUGCUCUCGGAGCGGGCGGCAGCGCGAUGGCGCGGGAGGCGGCGGCCCCGGGGUGGCGGGCGCCGCGCCGGACAGGUUGAGCGCAUGAAGAGGCGCGAGCCGAGGGCCGCGGCGGCGAGGGGCCUGGCCGGGUCGCACGGAGAAUUUGCGGGGACAUACACAGAACACGUGAUCAUCUGUAGAUGCGAUGGAUGGAGACCCUCGCCCAUCAAGUCCUGGCAUGCUAGAACCAGAGGGCCUCCCCCGAAGGAGCUUGAGUGAGCCAGAGCAGCUGAGUUGCUCAUGAGCACUGCUGAGGGCUGUCUCCUGCCCCCUGUGCACCUGGACUCCAGGCUGCUUCAAGGCCCAUGAACCCCAUGAACCCCAUGAAAUCGCGCGGUGAUGGUCUGUUCGCGUAUGAGGCGGUGCCUUGGCAGCAGAGUGCCACUCAGCCCGCAGGAUCGCUGUCCGUGGUCACGACCGUUUGGGGCGUGGGCAGCGCGGCACAGAGCCAGGUUUUGGGGAACCCCCUGGGCCCCACAGGGAGCCCCCCCGGAAGCUCCAUGAUGCCCGGCGUGGCAGGCAGCAGCCCUGCCCUCAGUUCUCCGCAGUGCCUUGGACAGCAGGCAUUUGGUGAGGGUGGCACUGGCAAGAGCUUCAUGCAGCAAGGGGUGUACAGUCGUGGGGGCUACCCCGGGGGCCCUGGCUUCACCACUGGGUAUGCAGGUGGCCCGGGGGUGCCAGGGGGUCUGGGCCUCCCCUCACAUGCCACACGGCCUUCCACGGACUUCACUCAGGCAGCAGCAGCUGCAGCUGUGGCUGCAGCUGCCGCCACAGCCACAGCCACAGCCACAGCAACGGUGGCCGCCCUGCAGGAGAAGCAGAGCCAGGAACUGAGCCAGUACGGAGCGAUGGGGGCCGGGCAGGCUUUUAACAGCCAGUUCCUGCAGCACGGAAGUCCUCGGGGGCCCAGUCUCCCAAGCACCAUGAACCCUGCCGGCCUGGGAGGGCUGACGGGGCCCAUGGGCAUGAACCCCACCCGGGCUGCAGGCAUGGCAUCCCUGUACACGGGGCAGCGCCUGCCCCAGCAGGGGUACCCUGGGCCCCCUCAGGCCCAGCCGCUACCCCGACAGGGGGUCAAGAGAGCCUACUCCAAUGAGGUGUACCCAGGGCAGCAAUACCUUCCAGGAGGCCAGUACGCGCCCAACACCACCCAGUAUGCACCUGGCACAGGGCAGCCCCCCGGCCCCUCCUAUUCCGGGCACAGGCUGCCCAUGCAGCAGGGCGUGGGCCCAGCCCUGCCUACCUCCGGCCCUGUGGGGCUGAACUACAAGCCCUCAGAGCAGUUCCAUGGGCAGGGUACCAACUUCAAUGGGACUGCCAGCUACAGCCAGCCUGGCCUGAGUGGGCCUGCCCGGUCCAUCCCUGGCUACGCUAGCUCCCCAGUGUCGGGGAGCCCCACACCGCCCAUGACCCCCAGCGGCAGUAUCCCCUACAUGUCCAGCAGCCAGGACAUCAAGCCUGCCUUCCUGCCCGAGUUCAAGCCCAGCACUGGCUCCUUGCACCCGGCGCCUCCUGGCAGCAGCCCCUGUGACGAGCUGCGGCUGACCUUCCCUGUGCGGGAUGGGGUGGUCCUGGAGCCGUUUCGCCUGCAACACAAUCUCGCUGUUAGCAACCACGCUUUCCAGCUCCGUGAUUCUGUCUACAAGACCCUGAUGCUGAGGCCUGACCUGGAGCUGCAGUUCAAGUGCUACCAUCACGAGGACCGGCAGAUGAACACCAACUGGCCCGCCUCGGUGCAGGUCAGCGUCAAUGCCACCCCACUCACCAUUGAGCGUGGCGACAACAAGACCUCCCACAAGCCGCUGUGCCUGAAGCAUGUGUGCCAGCCAGGCCGCAACACCAUCCAGAUCACCGUCACAGCCUGCUGCUGUUCCCACCUCUUCGUGCUGCAGCUGGUGCACCGGCCAGCUGUCCGCUCGGUGCUGCAGGGCCUCCUCAAGAAGCGUCUCCUGCCUGCUGAGCACUGUGUCACCAAGAUCAAGCGGAACUUCAGCAGUGGUACCAUUCCUGGCACCCCUGGGCCCAACGGAGAGGAUGGGGUAGAGCAGACAGCCAUCAAGGUGUCCCUGAAGUGCCCCAUCACCUUCCGCAGGAUCCAGCUGCCUGCCAGAGGCCACGACUGUCGCCACAUACAGUGCUUUGACCUGGAGUCGUACCUACAGCUCAACUGUGAGCGGGGGACCUGGAGGUGCCCCGUGUGCAACAAGACGGCGUUGCUGGAAGGCCUGGAGGUAGACCAGUACAUGCUGGGCAUCCUCAUUUACAUUCAGAACUCCGACCAUGAGGAGAUCACUAUCGACCCCACGUGCAGCUGGAAACUGGUGCCCAUGAAGCCUGACGUGCCCAUCAAGGAGGAGCUGGAUGGGCCGGUGCUGAAGCGCUGUCGCACCGUGAGCCCCGCCCAUGUGCUUUUGCCCAGUGUGGUAGAGCUGGUGGCCGCCCUAGGCCCUGGCACCACUCCUGGCAACCAUGCCAGCCAUGGUUCCAGCUUCCCAGGACCUGGGGCCUUCCCGGACCCCUUCUCGCCUGCCACACCCAGCACCCCAACCCUCCCCGAGUUUACCCCAGGGCCACCCGCCACCUCCUACCAGUCCGACAUUCCCAGCAGCGUCCUGACAGCAGAGAAGUCAUCCCCCUGCCUCCCAGGCCAGAUGGGGCCAGCAGGUCACCUGGACCCAGCCCACAACCCUGGGCUCCCAGGGUUGAAUGCCAUUGCCCUUGGAGGACCCCCUGGGCACCCACUGCAUCCAAACCCUCCCCCCGCAUCCCGGCAGCCCCUGGGCCCAGUGAGUGCAGCUCCUGUUGGCGAGCUGACCUUUGGUGCUACCACAGGCGUGAUGGGGCUCCCCAUGUCUGGGGCAGGGGAGGCCCCAGAACCGGCCCUGGAUCUGCUCCCGGAACUGGGCAACCCUGAUGAGCUGCUGACCUACCUGGGCCCACCCGGCCUCCCCACAAGUAACAACGACGACCUGCUCUCUCUGUUUGAGAGCAGCUGAAUCUGUACCUGAGACCCCACCUGGCUAGCAGGGCGGGCCCACAGCUGCCACCUCAUGGCCCCUGCAGCCCAGCCCACCUGACAGCCGGUCCUCUCCCACCACCCCAGCCCCUUGGGCCCACCUGGCCCUGAAGCAGGAGGCAGCCCCGCGGCAUCCCUACCUACUACCCCGCAGACUGCCCAUCGGCUGGCUGUGAUGAGAUGCCCAGCCCCACACCCAUCCACAUCCUGCCCCCCCACUGAGCCCAGCCUCUCCUCCUGCCACCCUGCCCAGUCCGCACACCACCAUCCAUGACGUCCAGGCCUCGCCCUGGUCCAUCCAGCCUGCAUCUUGUCGGGCAUUGAUGCUUGUUUCUAUGGCCCCUUGGCCAGCAGAGCCAGCGAGUAGCAGGGCUGUUCGGUCCCAGGGCCUGAGCUCACCAGCCUGCUGUGGGCAUUCCUCUCCCACCUGAAGGUCUGGCUGAGGCUGCAGGGUAGGAGCUCUAAAGCACAACAAUGUACAUAGUGUGGAGACACUGCACCUCCCCACGCUCCCCCUACCCUGUGCAGACAGUGCCAGGAGGGACAGGGGUAGCAAGCUUUGGCUCCACCUACAAAUUCUUCAGCAGGCUCACACCCACCCUCCACCCUGUUCCUGUCUCAAUGGAAGUGAAGGAUCAGUCCCAGUGUUCUCAAAGCCGCCUCUCCCCUGUCCCCCCCCGGGGCCACGCCAGGCUGGGGAGGAGCUGCUGCGUCUGCAGGCCCUGCCCCCUAUGUGCCCAUCUCUAUUAAAGGACUCCCU